ACAAAACUGAAGUUAAACCCCUCUCUCCCCCUCUCUCUGCCCCUCCUCUAUCUAAUGGCGUCUUUCUUUCCACAAUGCCUCUUCCUCUUCCUUCUCUUCAUGGUCUCAAUCUCCAUCCAAUCAGCCUCGGCCCAGUUGCAAUCUUUCCAAGCGAAGGCUAUAGAUAAAGCAACGAAGCCAGUAUCAGCAAGUUCAACCUCAGGGCCACUGUCAAAACUAGUAAGAGAGAGUUACAGGCGGAAGCUGGGGAGUUUUAGGAUUUGUGCACUGUGCACUUGCUGUGGAGGCCCAAAAGGCCUCUGCUUGCCUUCUCCUUGUUGCUAUGCUAUCAACUGCAACAUCCCCAAUAGACCCUUUGGCUACUGCUCCUUCACCCCAAAGACAUGCAAUUGCUUAGGUUGCCAUCUCUGAUGAAUUGGUAUUUCGCUUGGUUUAUUUAUUACUAAGUUUAAUCAUUUGUGGUUAUUUGCAAGUGUGAUCUGGGAUUGAGAGGAUAUUGAUUUGUUUAUUAUUGUUGUUGUUUCUCAAUCUAUUGUCAUCAAUAGUAUGAGUAUUCAAGGAAUUGUGUGAUCUGCCCUUUGAUUUGUUGCUACAAAUUGAUGGUAUUUCAUUUU